CGCAGCGAAGGUGGCAGCCAGAUUACCCUCUGUUGAGCCACACCUGCGUCCUGCGAGUCAGCAGCACCUUAUUGGCCGGGCAGCCUCCAUUGUGAGGUAGUUCUGGUUUCCUCCUUACCAAAGACAGACAAGCCCUGAGCCUGGCCCUACAUCCAGGCACCAGAACCUCCAGUCCAAUGCUGUCUUCUUCCUCCCAGUCACACAGUUCACUUUGCCCUAAAGCACUAAGGGCUAAACUGGGAGGGGCUGAAAGCCCGGGCGAGUCCCAGCGUGUGGCGGGGGCAAUCACAAGGAGCCCUGAGAAUCAUCCCGAGAUGAGACUCUCGUAAGUCCCCAAAGCCAAGUGAGGCAUAUAAUCGACAUCAGCGUCCCCCUCUCACCAGCGCCAGGGCCAGGCACCCUUGGGAAUUAGGAGCCAGCGUCUCCGUGCUGCAGCCUUGGUUCCUCUGGAGAAAAACCCAUGGGAGGCUGGUUCAAGGCUGUUACAGUCCUUAACCCUGAGCCACCACCACCUACCCACCAUGCAGAAGAUCUCAUUGCUUGCAAGGGACAACAACAGCGAGCCCAAGUCCUUGGAUGAUGGGGCCAAGUCACUCUUGGAGAGUAGAAGUAGCAUCACUUCAGAGAGUGUCCGUCCUGAAGAGGAAGCCAAUGGAUUAUCGAUUAUGCAAACCUUGAUUCACUUAUUGAAAUGCAACAUUGGCACGGGGCUCCUGGGGCUUCCUCUGGCCAUGAAAAAUGCCGGCUUAUUGGUCGGUCCUUUCAGCCUGCUUGCCAUCGGGAUCCUCACUGUGCACUGCAUGGUCAUCCUGUUGAACUGUGCUCACCGCCUAAGUCAGAGACUGCAAAAGACGUUUGUGAACUAUGGAGAGGCCAUGAUGUACAGCCUCGAAACCUGCCCAAGUGCCUGGCUGAGGACCCACUCAGUGUGGGGAAGGUACACUGUCAGCUUUUUAUUAAUCAUCACCCAAUUGGGCUUCUGCAGUGUUUAUUUUAUGUUUAUGGCAGACAAUUUACAACAGAUGGUGGAAGAAGCCUAUGUGACCUCCAACACCUGCCAACCCAGGAAGAUCCUGGCGCUGACCCCCACCCUGGACAUUCGUUUCUACAUGCUGGCAAUCCUGCCCUUUCUGAUCCUACUGGUGUUUAUCCAGAACCUCAGGGUGCUGUCCGUCUUCUCAACACUGGCCAGUAUCACCACCCUGUGGAGCAUGGCUUUGAUCUUUGAGUAUAUCGUGCAGGAGAUUCCAGAUCCCAGGAACCUACCCUUGAUGGCAAGCUGGAAGACUUUCUUGCUGUUCUUCGGUACAGCCAUCUUCACGUUUGAAGGCGUCGGUAUGGUUCUGUCUCUCAAAAACCAGAUGAAGCAUCCACAGCAGUUUUCUUUUGUUCUGUACUUCGGGAUGUCCCUUGUCAUCGUCCUCUACAUCUGCCUGGGGACACUGGGCUACAUGAAGUUUGGGUCGAACACCCAGGCCAGCAUCACCCGCAACUUGCCCAAUUGCUGGUUGUACCAGUCGGUCAAGCUGAUGUACUCCAUCGGCAUCUUCUUCACUUAUGCCCUCCAGUUCCACGUGCCAGCUGAGAUCAUCAUCCCCGUCGUCAUCUCCCAGGCGUCAGAGAGCUGGGUGCUGUUUGCAGACCUGUCUGUCCGCACGGCCUUGGUCUGUCUGACCUGUGUCUCAGCCAUCCUCAUCCCCCGCCUGGACCUGGUCAUCUCCCUGGUGGGCUCUGUGAGCAGCAGUGCCCUGGCCCUCAUCAUCCCGCCCCUCCUGGAGCUCAUCACCUUUUACCCUGAAGACAUGAGCUGUGUCACCAUUGCAAAGGACAUCAUGAUCAGCAUCCUGGGCCUUUUGGGGUGUGUAUUUGGAACAUACCAAGCCCUCUGUGAGUUGAUCCAACCCAUCAACUAUUCCAUAGCCAACUCCACAGCUGUCUAUGCAUAAUUAUCUAUUUUUAUUCUGAUAGUUCUCCCUUACUCCCAUCCCCAAUUUGACUUCUAUUGUGGAUGUUAUAUACAUUCAUCAAACCCCAACAUCUCUAUAUUAAUUAGUGGCUUCUUUAUCUUUCCAAGAGAAACGUAGGUGACACAAGUCAGUACUGAUACCUCUCAGGCUACGUCUUUUCUGGUUUUUGGAUUUCUCUGGAGGCCUUUUGUACCUCCGAACCAAAAGCACAUUCAACCGUUUGUAUUAUCAGCCUCAUUUAAUGGGAAAAAGGAUGCCAUUUGCCCAUGAUAUCCCUGGAAACAGAGACCAAGCAAAAAUAUAAAUGCAAAAGGAGUUGUUUUCUGUAUUCUGCAGUAACUACCCUUAAAGCAUCAGGUUUAGAAAAGUGAAUAUUGGGGAAAGAGGAGUUUCUAUUUAGGUAUGGUUCUAAGUGGAAGAGUCACAGAACAAAAAUAGUACUUAGCAGUAAUUUUUCUAACCAAUAGCUCUGACACUGAUUUCCUAUGGCAUCUUUUUUUUUUUUUUUAAUUUUUAUCCUAUGGGAUCUUUGGCAAGUUUCUCUCCCUGUCCAUCUCACUUUCCCAUUCUAUGAAUUGAAGGAUUGGAUUAAUUGGCUGUUACAGACUCUUCCAGCUCUGACAUUCUGAAAGUGAAAAAAAGAAGAAAAAAAGAAAAGAAAAGAAGUGAAUUUAUCCUUUAACACAUGUGUAAAAGUCGAAGUGUUUUCUGUCAGCAAGUUACCCUGUUGCCCUGGAGACACAGGCAUACCAGAAGUAGGUUAAGGGAUAAAAAAAUAUUUCUUAGCAAUCUUUCAUUAUGGUGACCUCCCUACUGAGAAGGACAUCACCUCUCUGUCUCUUUCUUCUUCUCUCUCCCCCCACCCGACCCCCACCUUCUCGGAUAUCUUAAGGCCACUUAGAGCUGAUUUAGGCUAAAGGGGAUGAGCAGUUUGUGUGAGGGAAAGGAUUUCAUCAUGUGCAAGGACUACUGACCUUUUUAAAAAUAAUACUUAGUUUUGGUAAGGGUUUGGAAAAACAAUCUUAUACUCUGCAGAUGGCAGAAUACAUUUUUAUGGCUUUUCUGAAGGACAAUUUUUAUAAUACAUAAGUUUUAAAAUGCAUAGCCCUCUGACCCAAUUUCACUUCUGGGAGUUUAUCCUAAGAAUCUUUUAUGUUUGCAAAAAUUUAUGCAUUAUUUAUGUUGGAAACAAAUAUCCAACAUUAAGUUAAAUUAUGAUUCAUCCAGAAUAGAAUUCUGUGAUGACCCCAAACACUGCAAAAAUGCACCUAUUGAUAUGCAAAUAUAUUUGUGAUUUAUCAGUGGAAAAAAAAAACUGGUUUAAAGCACUCUGUGAACCAAAAUUAGGCAAAGACAUUACAAGAAAAUAGAGCUACAGACCAAAAUCCUUCAUGGACAUAGAUGUAAAAAUUCUAAACACAAUUUUAGCAAAUCAAUAUAAUCAAUGUAAUUUACCAUAUUAACAAACUAAAAAGAGAAAAAUAUAUGAUCAUCUCAAUAUAUACAGAAAAGCAUUUGGCAAAAUCUAGUGUCUAUUCCUAGAAUAAAACUCUUGGCAACUAAGGAUAGUAGGGAACUUUUACAACUGGUAAAAAGCAUCUGUGAAAAAUCUAUAGCUAACAUCAUACUUGAUAAGGAAAGACUGAAGAUCAAAAACAAAAUACAGAUGUGCAUUCUCACCACUUCUAUUCAACAUUGUACCAGAUGUCUAGACAGUGAAAUUCGGCAACAAAAAGAAAUAAAGUCAUCCAGAAUGGAAAGGUAAAAGUAAAACUGUCUUUAUAUGAAGUUGAUAUGAUCAUCAGUGUAGAAAAUCCAAUGGAAUCUACAAAAAAGCUACUACUAGUUGAUUUUACAAAGUUUCAGGAUAUAAGGUCGAUGUAUAAAAUCCAGUUGUGUUUCUCUGUACUAGCUGGGAACAAUCAGAAAUUGCACUUACAAUAGCACCAAAAAUAUGCAAUAAUUUGGGAUAAAUCUGAUGAAAGAUAUGAAACCUAUGUACAAUAAAGACUAUAAUAUAUUGCUAAAAGAAAUUAAGAUGUAAAUAAAUGGAGAGAUACACCUUCUUCAUGGCUCAGAAGACACAUUAUAGUUAAGAUGUCAAUCCUCAUCAAAUUCAGCAAGGUUUUUUUUUUUUUUUAAUAAAUUGACCAGCUGAUUCUAAAAUUCAUAUGGAAAUGCAAAGGACCUAGAAUGCCAAAAUAUUCUUUGGAAAAGAACAAAGUUGAGGAGCUAACACUAUCUGAUUUCAAGAACUGUAACAAAGCUACCAUAAUCAAACUGCAUGGUAUUGGUGCCAAAAUUGACACAUGAUUCAAUGGACAGAAUAGAGAGUCAAGAAAUAACUACACACAUAUGAGCAACUUAUUUUUGUCAAAGGUGCGGAGGCAAAGGCAAGGUAGUGGAGAAAGAAUCACCUUUUCAAGGCAGUUGUGCUGCAAAAAUUGGAAAUCCUUAUGCUCUCCCCACCCCCCCAUCCAAAAAAGAACUUGGAUCCAUAUUUUACAUCAUAUACAAAAAAAAAAUCAAUUUAAAAUGUAUCUUAGGCCUAAAUGUAAAAUCUAAAACUAUAAAACUGUUACAAGAAAAUAUAGGAGAGAAAAAUGUUGUGACCCUUGGACUAGGCAAAGAUUUCUUAGAUAUAACACCUAAAGCACAAUCCAUAAAAGAAGAAAUUGCUAAAAUGGACUCCAUUAAAAUUAAAACCUUUAUUCUUCAAAAGACACUGUUAAGAGGAUGGAAGGAAAAGCCACCAAGUGGGAGAAAAUCUUUGUGAAGUUUGUGUCUAAUGAGAUACUCAUAUCCAGAAUACAUAAAGAACUCUCAAAGUCCAGCAAUUAGAAAACAACUUAUUUUUUUUAACGGGCAAAAAAAUAUGAAUGCAGCUCUUCACCAAAGAAGAUAUAUGGAUGGUAAAUAAGCAUAUGAAGAGAUGUCCCAACAUCAUUAGUAUUUAGGGAAAUUCAAAUUAAAACCACGAUGUGAUAUUACUCUAUACCUAUUAGAAUGACUAAAAUUUUAAAGACUGACCAUACUGGUGUUGGCAAGGAUGUGGAGAAACUGGAACUCCCAUAUGCUGCUACUGUGGAUGGAUAUGGUGAAACCACUUUGAUGAACAGUUUGGUAGUUUCUUUAAAAGUUCAACACACACCUGUCAUAUGAUCCACCUAUUCUACCUCAAGAUAUUUACCUGAAAGAAAAGGAAUUUUCUACCUAUAAAAAUACUUGCACAGGGAAUUCCCUGGUGGUCCAGUGGUUAGGACUCCAAGCUUUCACUGCCGAGGGCAUGGGUUCAUUCCCUCGUUGAGGAACUAAGAUCCCACAAGCUGUGUGGUGCGGCCAAAAAAAAAAAGACUUGUACAUACAUGUUUAUGGUAACUUUAUUUACAGUAGCAAAAAGUGGGAAACAACCAAAAUGCCCAUCAACAGGUGAAUGGAUAAACAAACUGUGGUAUAUCCAAGCAGUGGAAUACAACUCAGUGAUAAAUAGGAUCAAACUGUUGGUGCACACAGUAACAUGGAUGAAUCUUAAAAUAAUUAUAUUGAGUGACAGAAUACAGAUUUAAAAAUGAAACAGGUACAAAUUGUAUCAUUCUAUUCAUAUAAAAGUUUAGAAAAUACAACCUAGUCUGUAGGGACAGAAAGCAAAUCUGGUUGCUUGAAGGUGAGAGAGGUGAGAAGGGGCAUGAGGAAACUUUCAUAAGUGAUGGAUAAUAUGUUCACUAUUUUGAUUGUGAGGAUGGGUUUCCCAGGUGUGUACAUAUAUGUCAAAUUUUAUUCAAUUGUACAGUAUGUACAGUUUUAUUAUAUAACAAUUAUAACUCAAAGCUGUGAAAAAUAGAAUGUGAAGCAUGAUGCCAUUUUGGUUCCUUUUAAAAAAGCAGUCAUAUGCAUAUAGCCAAACAGUUUUGAAGGAUAUGCACAACAUAAAAUGUUACAGGAAUUUUCUCCAAGUGGGUUCAGUUAUGAGUGAAAUUUUAUGGGUUUUUUUUUUUUUGCUUACCUGUGUUGUUGCAAUUUUAACAGUAAUGUGUUGAUUUUAUUAUUUAUUUAUUUUUGGCUGUGUUGGGUCUUUGCUGCUGCAUGCGGACUUUCUCUAGUUGCGAUGAGCGGGGGCUACUCUUUGUUGCGG